CCCGCCGGCCUGCUGCCGCCCGUCCGCGCCGCGCUGACGACUCUGUUUGAAUCGGGGGCCAGGCGACAGGUGCCACGUGUCUGCGCCGUGCGGCUGGUGCAGAGCAGCGGCCCCCGGAGGGGAGAGGCGCUGGCCGGGGCGCCCCUGGAUAACGCCCCCAAGGAGUAUCCGCCCAAGAUCCAGCAGCUGGUCCGGGACAUUGCCAGCCUCACGCUGCUGGAGAUCUCGGACCUCAACGAGCUCCUGAAGAAAACGCUCAAGAUCCAGGACGUGGGGCUCAUGCCGAUGGGGAGCUCGCUGCCCGGUGCUGUGCCCACGACGGCAGCGCCCGCCGAGGCGGCAGAGGAGGUCCCCAGGCAGAAGGAGCGCUCCCACUUCACAGUGCGCCUGACGGAGGCCAAGCCCGUGGACAAGGUGAAGCUCAUCAAGGAAAUCAAGAACUACAUCCAGGGCAUCAACCUGGUCCAGGCGAAGAAGCUGGUGGAGUCCCUGCCCCAGGAAAUCAAGGCCAACGUGGCCAAGGCGGAGGCGGAGAAGAUCAAGGCGGCCCUGGAGGCCACGCAGCAGGAGGCGCGGCUGGGCAUGCUGGGCAUGGCCCGGCGCGUGGUGCGCUCCGACGGCAUCCUGGCGCUCUACAGCGGCCUCAGCGCCUCGCUGUGCAGACAGGUACGCCCGCGCUCGCCCCGGCCCGAGGCCACGCUCACCCCCGCCCGCCCGGCGGCCUCAAGUCCCAUCAGCGCCCCAACCUGGUGGGCACGGGACAGGCGCCGCUGUCCCCUUCUGAGGCCGCACGGCCCCGGGGUCUCCGUGAUUCGGGGGUCGCAGACCCUGCCUCCUGCCGGGAGCCCCUUGGGGGAGGAGGCGGCGUGGAGGCGCCUGGACCCGGGCUCAGCGCCACCCUGUGUCCCCCACAGCUACAGCCAUGCCCUGGACGGCCUGUUCCGCGUGGCCCGCGAAGAGGGCCUGAGACGGCUGUUCUCCGGGGCGACCAUGGCCUCCAGCCGAGGGAUGCUGGUCACCGUGGGCCAGCUGUCCUGCUACGACCAGGCCAAGCAGCUGGUGCUGGGCACCGGCUUCCUGUCGGACGGCGUCCUCACCCACUUCGUGGCCAGCUUCACUGCCGGCGGAUGUGCCACCAUCCUGUGCCAGCCCCUGGACGUGCUGAAGACCCGCCUGAUGAGCUCCAAGGGCGAGUACCAGGGCGUCCUCCACUGCGCGCUGGAGACCGCCAAGCUCGGGCCGCUGGCCUUCUACAAGUCCCACACUGGCUCUGCCCCUGGCCAGCGUGGUCACCACCCUGCCAGCCCUCUCCAGCGGCCUCCACCCCACGGGCCUCGGGGUGCCCCGUGA